AUAAACACAACCUAAUAAUAAAUCUAUUUAUUGCUUCCUUUGUGCAACCCAGGUAAUCAGGAUGGCGACUGAAGAGUCAAUUGUUGUCACUAAAGAAGAAGUUCAUAGUUUUGUCAUCCGUUCCAUGGAAGCUGUUGGCCUCAAACUAAAGCAUGGAACAGUUCUUGCUGAUCUUAUUGUAUCCGCUGAGUGUAGAGGACACGCCAGCCAUGGAUUAAACAAACUAGAACAAUACAUGAAUGAAAUAAAGUCCGGAAUGACAUCAACAGAAGAUCUAGAACCAAGCGUCCUGAAAGAAACGUCGGCUACUGCUUUGGUAGACGGUAAUAAUUUAAUAGGACCUUAUGUAGCUAGAUUCUGUAUGGACUUGGCAAUACACAAAGCAAAAUCAGCCGGUAUAGGUAUUGUCUCAUGUCAAGGUUCUAACCAUUUUGGUACAGCUGGGUGGUACAGUUUACGCGCAAUUGAACAAGGACUUAUAGGAAUGGCUUUUACUAAUACCUCUCCGAUGCUGGUCCCAACACGAGCUAAGUCAAAAGUAUUAGGUACAAAUCCCUUAAGUCUAGGCGCACCAGCUCAAAACGGCGACAGUUUUGUUCUAGAUAUGGCCACUACAGCAGUAGCAAUGGGAAAGUGUGAACUAAAAGGUAGACGAGAUCAACCACUUCCUACAGGUUGGGCAGUUGAUAAAGAUGGACAUGAAACAUACCAAUUCAAAACAAUGGCAGGAUUAUCUCCCUUAGGUGGUACUGAAGAGAGUAGUGGAUACAAAGGUUAUGGCUUAGCUAUGAUGGUAGAAGUGUUAUGUGGGGUCCUCAGUGGUGGUGCAUUUGGGCUAACUCACAGACCUGCACGGACACAUGAUAAACCAGCAGACUAUGGUCAGUGUUUUAUUGCAAUCGAUCCAGACAAUUUUGCUGAAGGAUUCACCGAAAGAAUGCAGUCAUUAAUAGAUAGUUGCAGAAACCAGGUACUGGCAAAUAAGUCAUUAAUAGAUAGUUUCAGAAACCAGGAACCGGCCGACCAAGAUCCUGUUUUGGUAGCUGGUGACCCAGAACGACACCAUCAAGCUUUAUGUAACAAGUUAGGAGGCAUACCAUAUCACCCAGCUCAAAUUAGAAUAAGUAAGGAUCUUGCAACAAGAUACAAAGUAACACCAAUGAAACCCUUGUGAUGACAGACGUUUAAUUACGGUGUUUUAUUGGUAUAAUCUGACUAUUGAUUAUUGUUAGUCCCUCCUUUUACAGUGAUACAG